AUGUUUACUAAGGUCUUCAAGACAAUCCUGGCUCUCGCAUGCGCCACAGUGGCAGCAGCGGUCGUCCUGCCUGUCAAAACGGAGCACGAAUGUCUCUUCGCGGCUGAUCUUCUCAACGGCGGCAACAUCUUACUCACUCUGUAUAUCGAGUACGAAUCGGAUCCUGUCUAUGGGGACAGCUACUUCGAUCAGAUGAAGUAUGACGGCCAGACUUUCAAUUGCGCCAUCAUUGGGGAGACAGACUCGACGUCCUCGUCUUGCACAGUCGAGUCUGAUGCCUACUCGCUGCCAUUCACCCUCAAAACGAGUGCUGAAGACGAUAUCUCUUACAAUCUCAGAGAUGCCAAAUGGAAGGGCGUUGGCAUCAAGUCGUACCAGAUGGUCUGCGAUGGCCAGCUCAUGCCCAUCAAACAAGAGAGCAUGAUGUUCAGCAAAGCCAUCAAGAUCGCUGUUGCCAUCGCCUGCGCGACAGCGGCAACAGCGGUUGUCUUACCCGUCAAGGCAGAACACGAAUGUCUUUUUGCAGCCGAUCUACUCACCGGAGGCAACAUCCUGCUCACCCUCUAUCUCGAAUAUGAUGCCGAUGACAGCUCCAAUUACGCUUACAGUCAGAUCAAGUACAACAAAGAUACCUAUGAGUGUGCCAAAUCCGACGGAAGUGUCAACACGGUCUCCCAGUGCUACCUCGGUACCGAUGAGCUUACAAUGCGUUUCAUUCUGACGAGCACUACAAAGAACGAGCUCUCGUACAAUCUUCAAGGUGCCACUUGGAAGGGCGUCGGAUUCAAGUCCUACGCGAUGGUCUGCGAUGGCCUGCUUAUUCCAAUCGCCUGA